UCAGGCAGGACUGCGCGCCUGAGAGCCUUCGCUCCGGGUCGGGAGCUUGCGGGGUCUGGGGCGCGGGGUCCUCGGCGGCCUCUGGGACGGCACCAUGCCUAAGGCACCAAAAGGAAAAAGCACAGGACGAGAAAAAAAAAUUGUCCAUCCAUACAGUAGAAAAGCGGGUCAGAUUACAAGAGAGGCCCACAAACAAGAAAAAAAGGAAAAAUUGAAGAAUGAAAAGGCCUUACAUCUCAACCUCAUUGGUGAAAAACUGCAAUGGUUUCAAAAUCAGCUGGAUCCCCAAAAACUGAGAUACUCAAAAAAGGAUGCUUGUCAAUUAAUUGAAUUGUACUUAAAUCGGUUCAGCAGUGAGCUGGAGCAGAUCGAGUUACAAAACAGCAUCAAGGACGGGCAGGGAAGGCGACACCAUGCCCGGGAGACCAUCAUCAAGCAGACGAUGGAGCGUGAGCGGCAGCAAUACUAUGGCUAUGGCUUUGAGAUUCCGGACAUUUUACAUGCAAGUAGUCUGAAAACUUUUAGAGAAUGGGAUUUGGAUCUGAAGAAAUUGCCAAACAUUAAAAUGAGAAAACUUUGUGCUAAUGAUGCAGUUGCUAAGAAGCACAAGAAGAAAGCUCAAAAUUUAACGAUAGACAAAGAUUUAGGGCAAUUGGAGCUGAAAGGGGAAUCAAGUGACUCUGAUGAAGUAAUGAUUCCUGUGGCCUAAUUAUCCUGACUUGAUUUGAAAAUCACUAAUGUGAGAGCUUUAAGUCAUACUCCUCAUCCAUGAGAAAUAAUUGUCUAGUACUUGCUGUUUAACUUAUUCUCUUUCAUAAUGUGAAUUACGUUUGCAGUUUCAAAAAUAGUAUUGUAAUUUUUAUUUAAAUGUGAAAAUUGCUUUUCAUUUAUAUUAAGUUGCUAAAAUGGAAGAUGCAUUUUGUUUUUUAUUACUAUAACAAAUACUAGAGACUAGGUAACUUAUAAAGACAUGGACUUAGCUCAUGGUUUUGGAGGCUGAAAGUCUAGGCAGCCUCUGCUAGCUCUGGCCAGGUCCCCUCUUGCUUCUGUGCUCCCUGGCCUGAUAUCAGAGCAGUGGGAAGCACCAGAGGGGGAGAUCUCAUGGAGAACCUGGAAGCCGGAGAACAGAAGGGACCAGUGAUGGCAUUUCUUAAGGGUUCAAGAGAAUUUAAU